AUGAAAUAAAAUAAUCAUACUUAGCUUCCUCACACAAGUAUUGAUAGACUUAAAAAGGACAUAAGUAAAACAUUCGCUAACUAAACUACAAAAUCAGAAUAGAGCAUCAAAUUGGAUUAGUACAAGAAAAGAAUAAUGAAUGUGCUAUCCCAAAUGGAUGAUAAGACUCAAUAGGUUUAAAUAUAACAAACCUAAUCCGAAAUAUCAACCAAGCUUCUUUUAUAAACUAAAAAUGCCAUAAUCGAAAAUAUUAAAGUACUGCAACCAUCAGACAAGAAUCUACAAGCCAUAGAGAAAAACCUUGAUAAAUUGUUUACAAUACAAGAGGAAUUGCAAGAUCUUCCUCAAAAUAAAGAGAUAAAGCAACUAUAAUGGAAAAUAGAGAUGAAGAUAACUCAAUAAACCAAUUUAACAAAGUCAAUGAAGGAUGACAAGAAAUGUUAAAUAUGUUUUGAAAAGGAUAGAGAAUAUGUGGCUAUACCAUGUGGGCAUUAUAUUUACUGUGAAGAUUGCAAAGGCCUAAUUAAGAGUGAUUGUUUGCUUUGUAGAAAUCCCAUAACUUCUGUAUUGAAAAUAUACUAAUGA